GCGCAUGGCACACAAAGCUGUGUAUGCGCUCUUUGUGUCACAACACGCAGUAUGCGACUAUGAGACAGACGCUAACAAAGAAAACUUUAAACUCUUAUGGAUUUUUGUUAUAAACGCGGGAAUUUCUUUUUCACAUUAACUUUUGAUCAUAUUUAAUUCUGACAAUUGUUCUCGAUGUUUUCAGAAAAACUGGCCUCCUGGGGAUAAGGUAAAAAAAAUGUGUUGACGGUGAUUUCCUGUAGCCAUCGUUUGUGAUUGGUAGUCAGCGAAGGGGCUCCUGUCAAAUAAAGUCAUGGUGCUCAUUCUGGGUCGUCGUCUGAAUCAUGAGAACUCUGGUGGUGUGCCAGCAUCUCCGGCAAUCAAGCGUAAAGUCCUUGAGAUGGACUCCAAGAACCUGAACGAUGUUUACAACUUCACCUCCGGUUCACACGCCGAGAGCGUUCUUCAGGUCUUCAACGAGUUCAGAGACAGUCGUCUCUUCACGGACGUGAUCAUCAGCGUCCAGGGUCGUGAGUUUCCCUGCCACCGAGCCAUGCUGUCCGCAUGCAGCAGCUACUUCCGUGCCAUGUUCUGCAACGACCAUCGGGAAAGCCGGGAGAUGUUGGUGGAGAUCAACGGCAUCCAGGCGGAUGCCAUGGACACGUUCCUGCAAUACGUUUACACCGGCCGUGCUUGCAUCACCACGCACAACGUCCAGUUCCUCUUCGAGACUUCCAGCCUCUUCCAUAUUGUCACACUGCGGGACGCGUGCGCAAAAUUCCUGGAGGAGCAGCUGGACCCGUGCAACUGCCUCGGAAUCCAGCGCUUCGCAGAUGCCCAUUCGCUCAAACAGCUGGCCAGCCGUUGCCGUGCUUUCGCCACGCAGAAUUUUCCAGAGGUGGCGCAGCAUGAAGAGUUUCUAGACCUGCGCAAGGAUGAACUGGAGGAAUAUUUAGGUAGCGAUGAGCUGUCUGUGGGUAGGGAGGAGGUUGUGUUCGAGGCUGUGAUGCGUUGGGUCUACCACAGCGUGGAGUACCGCAGGCCCGUGCUGAAAGACCUGCUGCAACAUGUCCGACUGCCUCUUCUGCACCCAAACUACUUUGUACAGACGGUGGAAGGUGAUCAGCUGAUACAGAAUGCUCCAGAAUGUUACCAGCUGCUGCAUGAGGCACGUCGGUACCAUGUACUUGGCAAUGAGAUGAUGUCACCACGUACCAGACCCCGCAGGUCCACAGGAUUUUCCGAGGUCAUUGUUGUGGUGGGGGGCUGCGAGCGAGUCGGGGGGUUCAAUCUGCCCUACACAGAAUGUUACGACCCCGUGACGGGAGAGUGGAUGUCUCUUGCAAAACACCCGGAGUACACAAAGUCUGAGUAUGCGGUCUGCGCCCUCCGCAAUGACAUUAUCGUGUCAGGUGGACGCAUUAAUACUACUUACGUAUGGAUGUACAACUCUCAGCUCAAUCUAUGGAUCAAAGUAGCGUCUCUCAACAAAGGCAGAUGGAGACACAAGAUGACCGUCCUUCUGGGAAAGGUAUAUGCAGUUGGAGGUUACGAUGGACAGUGCAGUCUCAGUAACGUGGAGGUCUAUGACUCCUUCUCCAAUCGCUGGACGGAGGUGACGCCUAUGAAAGAAGCCGUCUGCUCCCCGGCGGUCACCAGUUGUGCAGGAAAACUCUUCGUGAUUGGAGGACAGCCUAAUGAAAACAGCUGCUCCAACAAGGUCCAGUGUUAUGACCCGGAGUCUGAUAGCUGGGAGCUGAAGGCAUGUGUCCCCUUUACCAAGCCUAACAUAUCUGCUGUGUCUCUCAAUAACCUCAUCUAUGUGUGUGGAGGCCUGACCAAAGCAAUCUACUGCUACGAUCCUUCACAGGACCACUGGAUGCAUGUGGUCAACACCUUUCACAGACAGGAAAGUUGCGGGAUAUCAGUUUGUAACGGAAAAAUCUUCAUCUUGGGUGGGCGAGGAGAGAACGGUGAAGCCUCUGAUAAUAUCCUAUGCUAUGACCCCUCCUGUGGCAUCAUCACGGGCGUGGCUGCAAUGCCGCGCCCCAUCACCUACCACGGUUGCGUGACCAUACACCGUUUCAGCGAGAAGCAACACAAACUCUGAUAUCAUCCACACAAACACGAUGUGUACACUAGAGGUCUUUCUCAGAUCCAAAUAUCUGUACCUGACCCGAAAUGACCCGAAUAUAAACGUGUGCAACCUGCACACUUUUCGUGCACAAAAUAUAAUACAUGCUUAUAGGUCCUGUUCUUUCCGUGUUUUUGAAGCUUUGAUUGUGUCUACAGUGCACAAUACAACAUGUGUUCAUGUAAAAAAGCUGUAUUUUUCACACAAUUUACUUAUCUGUAUAGCGCUGUUUUCACUGUCCUCAAAACGGCCCAAUGUCUUCCUUGUUCUAUGAAAUCCCUCCUUCAGAAAUACGUAACGAGUUCUGAUUGUGUAGUUUGUUUAGUGUGUUGUGAUUCGAUAGCAGCUUAGCUUGCCAUUAGCUUAGCUGGCGACUGUUGUAUUCCUGUGGGCGGAGUUUAGUCAAAACUGUUCUAGUGACGUCAUUAAAGCAGGAAGUAGAGGGCUGUAGUCCAAACGGGCCGCUCGCUGUAGGCUUUAAAAGGCGAAUUCUGUUAAAGAAUAUAUAUCGCCCCGGCAGUGAACUUUGAGCUUUAUCAUUUUAGAGGUAUUAUUUAUGCUAUUAUAGCAACAUUACACACUAACUAGGGUUAAAAAAUGGGAUCAGAAAGAAUGUGACCUUUAACCCACAACACUAAACUUAACUAAGGGGUUAACACUAUCAUAUGCACACGAAACAUAAACCAAAUACAAACAUAAACUUGUGCUAGGCCUAAUGGGAGAUUGUGUGGACCAGUUAGCGCAGCACAGAGACAUAUCCCAAUAGCCUGAUGACCAAUUAGGUUGGCUGCUCUGUUCACUUUAAAUUAUUUAUAAACUUAUUUAUUUUUAAUUCAUAUAAUGAAUGUCCGAUGCCAGUGCACAAACGUGAUUUCUAAAUUUUGCUUUCGGUUGUGACCAGUAGAUUUAAAACAAAUGCCGUCGAUAGCCUUAUAAAUCAUGGACUCUAGUGUCGCAAUGUUAUGUAACGCAUCUCUGAUGAUACACUUACACCAGUGGAAUCACAAUAUAGCUACCAACUAACAGUACUACAUUGUGUCAUAUAAUAUGUUUUGUUACAUUCAGAUUUUAUGUUUGAGAUCGUUUUAUGUCAUGAUAACGAAAAGUUUAAGAACCACUGACUUACACAAACUAGCGAGUAUGGGUGAUUCUCACGAAAUCCAGAUUUAGAAGGUGUCCGGCAUCAGAAUUUUUAAAAAGCAAUUUUUUUGCACAUCUAAGAUUAAGGUCUGAACUUACUAUAACCAUUAUUUUUAGAGGAUUUAAAAAAAUAUUUCCUAUAGAAUUUUUUUACUUUUUUAGAUUAUCAUUAUCCAAAAUUAUCAUUACCGCAACAAGGUAUUACAUUAAAUAUAUGCAUUUACAAACUCGUGUUACAGUAAUGAGAACUAACAAGUUGUCUAGGUACUAUGUUAAACUAAAUUUUAACUUUUAUCUGGAAAGAAAAAAUAAGAACUGCUUACCUGGAAGCCAUCUUGAGUGUCACAGUCAAUUAUGUCCCUUCCAACAAUUUUUUUUUUAUUUUAGUUCCUUGAGGGCUUAAACAAUGAUUGAAAAUUGUUGAGGAGGAUGAGAAAAUUGGUUUUGGACACAUUUAUAUUCCUUAUUAUUGUCGCUACAUUUACCAAUGAUCACCAUAUACCACAUGUUUCUUUACUGUAAAUGUUUAUAGCAUAACAUGCACUGAAGCUUUUUAUUUUUUAGAUUUUUUUAUUAUAAAUAUUUACAUGUCAAAGAACCCAAAUCCAGUCAUGGACACGUUGCGGUAAUGAAAAUUUUCCCCUUAAAUCAGGAAAAAAACCAACAAAAUUGGUUUGUAUGAUGUCAUUGGAAAUCAUGUGCAAAAUAACAUGAAGAGAUAACUGUAUGCUUCUUACUUUGCAUUUACUUUUUUAUCAAAAUAUUUCAUGACACCCGAUAAGUCAAAUUUCGCGAGAAUCACCCGUAUGUGCUAAAAACAUUCAUGAAGUGCUGAAAAGUCAAUCACCCAUCAUCUUAAAUUAUCAUAUCAUCUAACCACAGAUCUCGCAAGCGUUCUUGCUGCGCACUGUCUAAGUACAGGUCUGCUUGGGUAUUUUCAAACUAAAUUGUAUUUAUUUUAAACUACCCGAGACCACUUACACCAGACCCGACUCAUGUCCAAAGCACUUUCUCUAAGUGGCCCCGUAAAGUCCUCUAGUGUACACAUUCAUGCAAAUAAACCGAUUGUUUCAUUGGAUGGUUUUCUCUUUGAUACUCAUCCACAAACACAGAAUUUGAGACUGCUUUUAACUGCUACAGUUAUCUAACAUAAUGCAGACGCUAUAAAGAAGAGACGUCAUCGGGAACACAAUGGUCUUCUGACAUCAAACAUUUCUCUGGAACAGAAAUUCUCUUCCUUCGAACGAAGGUCAGAGAUUGUAUCCAAUAUCAGGGGGCGGUCAUGUUGUAAAAAAUGUUUUUGUGGUGAUAGCCAUCUGCUUACGUGACUCAACAGAUGCCCACUUUCUGUUCACUCUUUCCUCUCUCGUCUGAGAUUUCUGACAUGCUUGUUAUUUUUUUACCGUUCAAAUGCAUCUUUUUAUACCAGAUUCUUUACUGUAUUUGUGCUUGUUUUGUAGCGCUCGAUUUAUUUGUGGGGAUGAGGACUUGCUUGUAUUUUUGGUGAUAUUUGUGGGGAUGUUCUUGUUUUAAUAUGCUGGCUCUUUUUCAAUUGUAUUAGUAUGCGUUUGAACUUAGCAAAUGACAAAAACGCAAUUGCUACAUGGAGGUUUUUCCUCGGGUGGAUUCUUGUGUUUUAACAUUUGUUUCUAAUGUGGCCGUGGCGGAAAACCUUUUUAAGUCACAUUUGUUUUUAUUUUUUGGGUUCUCGAUGACCCAUACAGCUGUGAAUUAUUUUUUUCCUCUAUGUGUCAUAUAUCUUUAUUUAAGUAUCUCAAUAUAUUUAGUGUGACAACCAUGAUGUGCCUUUGCGGUCGCGUUUUCUUUUAUUAGAGCCCCAGUCGUGCACUUGUACGUGGUAUUAGUAUUAAUAAUAAGAAUAAUAAUAAUAUGCUGUCUGUGUGAAUACAUUUUUAAUUUUUUAGUGAAUAUUAUAUGUGUUGUUUUGUCAUUCCUGAAUGGUGUGUGUACAUGUGGAUUUUUUUUUAAUAGGACAUCUUGAGUGUUUGAUAGUUUGUGCAUGAACUGAACUGAAACAGUUUUACAUUGAGCUAUAAGAUAACAGCAGACCUUUUUUUAGUGCUUAUCAGUACUGGAAACAACAUUUACUAUCAAAAACCAUAUCUGGUAUCAAUCCCAAAAUGCCUCCAGAAGGUUCUCGUCUUGUUCUUCAGUUAAGCAAUGCACCUCUGUUAAUGUCUGAAAUGACAAAAAUAUAAGCGUCUGUAUAAAUUUAUUAUAUUUAUUAUAUAUCUUUAUACAUGUGUUUUGUUUUUGAAUCUUUUCAUUGUUACCAUUUGUACUUUUUCUAAAUGUUAUUUUGCCCACGUUUGUACUCUUUUCAUAUGCUGGUUUGCUUUCUUUUUUUGUAUUUUUCAAUCCAAACUUUAAAGAUGUGCAUGUUGAUGAUGAAUGCGUUAUUGAUAUUAUUUUUGUCAGAUUGUAUGGAGCGUUUGUUUUCUUUGCUCAGUGCUUUAGUAAUGUCUUUACUCAACAUGUCGCCUGGCGAUAAAAUGCAUUCACCUUUAUUGACUCGCUGAGCAAUUGAAUGCCUGCUCGGGUGUAAUGAAGCAAAGUAAUUACUGUAAGAUGAGAUCAUUUUCAGCAGGUUUUUAUACAUCCUGGUAUUUGUGGUCAAGUAGAAACUCAAGUGGCUUUAAACCAAACAUGCAGUUGUGCAUCAUUUUACUUCUAUGGAAUAGAACAAUAGACGAUCAAAUGAUUGUGGUUGCAAAGGAUUGGAACUACUUGGAAUAGUAUACAAUAAUAAUCGACCUUAACCUAUGUAAACCUAUGUAACCUAACCGGUUUACUUUCUGUUCUGCAAGUGCCUCAAUAAAGUUUUUCUUUCUAUUUA